AUGUGUGUGCUGUUUGGCGCUCAAGAUGUUCUUGAUCUCGUCAAUGAUGAUUACAUUCCGGUUGCACUUCCAGAAAAUGCAACGGAUGUACAGAGGAAUGAUCAGCUUGAUCUGAGGAAGAAGGACCAGAAGGCGUUGUUCUACAUCCAUCAGUGUGUGGAUGUGAACAUGUUUGACAAAAUCGCUUAUUCGAUGAUGGAGAAGACUGCAUGGGACACACUGGUAUGGUGCUACGGUGAUGAUGCAUCCGUGAAGAAGGUGUUUGGUUCUGUUUGUUACAAACAUGUUCUAGAUACUAAGAGAAAGAAGUUGGAUGACAAAAGUCGAGUUAUGUUGCUUGUAGGGUACCACAGUACAGAUUCUGAUGGUGAUUCAGAAUCUGGUGGAGAUCUAGACUCUAGGAAUAUUCCAUACUCUGAAGGUGGUCAUGCCUCUGAAGGUGGUACUUCUGAGAUUGAACGUGAUGCUGGUCGUUUGAUUGAUUGUAGAGCUAGGAUGAAAUUCAGUCCUUUAGGGGCUUGUGCACUGGCCGGUACAUGGCUCCCCAUUGACCGGUUCAUGACAUCAGAUGCAUUGGGAUUUACAGCUCCGAUGAGGAAUAGUAUUGAUGCAGUUUCUGACCGAGAUUUUCUACUGGAGUUUCUUUCUGCUAAUGCCAUCACAGCAGUGCAUCUUUCUCGAUUGGGUGAAGAAUGGGUAUUGUGGGCUUCAGAAGAAUUUGGAUUUAUCACUCCAAGCGACUCUGUUUCAACAGGAAGCAGCAUAAUGCCUGAGAAAAAGAAUCUAGACCCAAUGGAACUUGUUUGUGGUAAGUCUGGCAGAGUCAUAGGGGGUUUGGUCACUCUUCUAACAGCGUGCAAAGGACUUCCACAUGCUUACAAUCGCGAUUUGCAGGAAGACGAAGAACCAGUGUUUGACAGUGUUAGAGCUAUUUUGGGAAUGCUUGAAGUCUCAGCAGAAUUUGCAAUGAACAUUACUUUCAAUCGGGAAAGAAUACAAAAGUCUUUACCUGCUGGUUUUCCUGGUGCAACAACACUUGCUGACUAUCUUGUUAAGAAGGUUAAGGUUGGUUUAAGAUGGUCGCACGUGAAGGACGUGUUUGGUGGUUUGAAAAUGAACGGUUAUUGCAGGAUGAUAUCGCGCCACAUUGAGUUUUAA